ACCUUUUAACCACCAUAUGUUUGAUUGAUUUGUGCGACAAUCUUCUCAAGUGAUUUCAAACUCCCCUGGACCAACCGAAGUUCCUCACGAUUUAUUGCUUCUACUCAGGGACGAGAUACAGGAAUCAUUUUCCUACGAGCAUUACUCAAAUGGUUAGAGGAGUUAUCCAGAAAAUUCUACGAGCAUUACUCAAAUGGUUGGAGGAGUUAUCCAGCAAAUUCUAAGGAUGAAGCUUCACUUCCAAUCAGUUCUCCAUCGUCAUAUCACACAGCUCCGGCGCAACCAUUAAAACCGACUCUCUCUAUCUCUCUCUCUCUCCGCGAAAUUUUGCGCUAAGAUUAGAUCCUUUCUCAUCUAUCAAUUCAAUUGUUCUCAUCUAUCUAUCAUUUGGGAUGAUUUGAUAAAACACUCGUUUUUGUAUUGAUUGGUUUGGUGUAUCCGUAGGUCUCGAAAUGGCAACAGUUCCAGGACAAUUGCUCUGGGAGAUCGUCAAGACCUACAACUGUUUCUUGGUCAAACCGUUCGGAAGAGGCAACGCUAAGGUUCAAUUCAGCAAGGAGUGCAACAAUUUUCGCAACCUUAACUCCUACAACCACUCUGAUUGGUUUCAAGAGGGACAUGUGACGGUAAGGUGGGACAUCAUGAAUGAAAGUUCUGACAAUUACUCGGCUAAUAUCACAAUCUUGAACUACUUGAAGAAUCACGACAUUGAAAGGCCAUGGGAACUACGGUGGGCAUGGCCUGAAGACGAAAUCCUAUUGAGCACUGUGGGUGUUAAAGGUAAACAACAUGUGGCUGUUAAAGAGAAAAAACAUGGCAAUAACUCGGCAGGUGGCUACACCAUCAAUUAUGUGAAAAUAGAACCAAACCGUUGCAAGGGCUGUGUGAUUCCUUCGUGGUUUAGAGAAGCCGACCUUGCGAAAAGCUCAUCAUCAUUCCAAAUUAAUGUUGGCCGAGCUGGCAUUGGAUAUAAUGAGCCGCGCGGUUUUGGUAUUAGAUAUUUUGAGCUGCCAAGAUUUGUCAAAUUUACCUCACCAAGAGCGAAUUACAUAUGUGAAUCAUUGUUUUUUUCAAGUAAAACUCGGGGUUAUAUGAAGACGUGGAGUAUGCGUUGCGGUCGUCGCGACAAACCUGAAAAAAAGUUCAACAAGAUUCUUAACAACGAUGACUGAUGAAGUUGUGGGAGUUGUAGUUUAUUCCUUUUGUUGUUUUUUUUUUUCAGCUUUCUUAGAGAAAUAACUUUUGUUUAUGGAGUUUUCACGUGAUGCGACUAUGGUAAUAAUACCCGAAAAAACC